ACUGUAGACACGACAGGGGAUAUUUGGUCGAUUUCGAGAAACCAGCGCAGCAAAACCCUCCAAAAAUCCACCAAAACCCUAGAGUAUUGCACGCCAGAUCCCCUCUCCUCUCCUCCCGGCCACCUCUCCCCAUCCCCAUUCCCCCCACGGCCAAGGGAAAAUGGCGCCGUCCACCUCGUCGGCCUCCGCCCUCCUCCACCUCCCAGGCCUGCCUCCCCGUGGACCCCAUAGAGGCGGGUGCCGGAACCAGCCGCGGCGGCCGCGCCAUGCGGCCGUGCGGUGCUCCUUCGCGUUCGCGCCCGUGGAGACGGCGAGGAUAAAGGUCGUUGGCGUGGGAGGCGGCGGCAACAACGCCGUCAACCGCAUGAUCGGCAGCGGCCUCCAGGGUAUCGAGUUCUAUGCUAUAAACACAGACUCCCAGGCUCUUGUGAAUUCCCAGGCGCAGCAUCCGCUACAAAUUGGAGAACAAUUGACUCGUGGGCUGGGUACUGGUGGAAAUCCUAAUUUGGGAGAACAGGCUGCCGAGGAAUCGAAGGAAGUGAUAGCCAAUGCCCUCCGAGAUUCGGACCUUGUCUUCAUAACAGCUGGGAUGGGAGGGGGUACUGGCUCCGGUGCUGCUCCAGUUGUUGCCCAGAUAGCAAAGGAAGCCGGUUAUCUUACUGUUGGUGUUGUCACCUACCCAUUCAGCUUUGAAGGACGCAAGCGCUCUCUACAGGCACUCGAAGCAUUGGAGAAGCUGGAAAGAAGUGUUGACACUCUGAUUGUGAUCCCAAAUGAUCGGUUGUUAGAUAUUGCUGAUGAGAAUAUGCCCUUGCAAGACGCGUUUCUCCUUGCAGAUGAUGUCCUUCGGCAGGGUGUCCAAGGAAUAUCAGACAUUAUCACGAUACCUGGGCUCGUGAAUGUUGAUUUUGCCGAUGUGAAAGCUGUGAUGAAAAAUUCUGGAACUGCCAUGCUCGGCGUUGGUGUUUCUUCCAGCAAAAACCGUGCCCAAGAAGCUGCCGAGCAGGCAACUCUUGCCCCUUUGAUAGGGUCGUCCAUUGAGGCAGCUACUGGUGUCGUGUACAAUAUCACCGGCGGGAAGGACAUCACUCUGCAAGAAGUGAACAAGGUGUCUCAGAUCGUGACAAGCUUGGCUGAUCCCUCGGCCAACAUAAUUUUCGGAGCUGUGGUCGACGACCGUUAUAACGGCGAGAUCCACGUGACCAUCAUCGCAACAGGAUUUCCGCAGUCCUUCCAGAAGUCCCUUCUGGCUGAUCCGAAGGGAGCACGGAUACUGGAGGCGAAAGAAAAAGCGGCUAGCCUCACAACGGCUGCUGCGGUGCAACAACCUGCGGCGGCCGUCCCGACAUGGUCCCGGAGGCUCUUCUCCUGAACGCUGUUCAGCAGGCAAACAACCUUGCGAUUGUGAGGCUGUGGUUCUCACUUUCUCGAGGCAGUAGAGAGUUUUAGCCGGUGUUAUUCUUUUUGGCUGUGUAAACACUCUGAAAACUAGUUUCGCGUAGUGAUUAGGUUCUCGCCUAGUGUAUGUAUUGCUCAGACACUUGACUCGGUUGUUUUACAAAGUGUUCUGUUCGUUUA